AUGGCGUAUGUCAGCUCACUUUUCUUUAAGCCAACAUCUGGUUCGGCUUAACACUAAUCAUCAGCUUAAACAUUUCGACUUCAAACUGCAAAAGCUUAAUUAUCAUCGCAAUUAACCAAACACAAACUAAACCUAAUCAUUUGUGUGUAAAUCUUGAUCUUAAUUUUUUCAUUUUUUACGAUUAAUUUCGGCUCAAUGUUAAUUAGAUUUAGUUAAUUUUGAUUCUCUUUUCGUGAGCUGACAUUGAAAGUAUCGAUUCUAUCGGAUCUUGUUUAUCUUUUGCUCUUUGUUGUUGUCACUUUUUGUUCACUUUUAAUUACUAAUUGUGAAUACGAUUACGAUUUCAUGGACAUAAAGUACGAUUUUCGUUAGUAUAUAAAAGCAGAUGAAUUGUUUACUUUUCUGUGAUUAGUUAAUUUGAUUUCUAUUACAAUUUAUAUUUUUCACAACCAAAGUUUCAUAUGUUAAUUGUGCGCCAAUAUUAUUGAAUCAAAUUGCUUUUAAUAACACAAUCAAUCCUGCUAAUUUCUUCCCAACGGAUUUAACUAGACUAAUAUUCCCUCGAGUGAAUACUGAUUUAUUUCGUUGGUGGUUUUCCAGUCAAUUAGCUCCAACAUCUUAUACAAGACAAUCAAAUUAUCGCAAUGAAAAUAGAACCAAUUUAAAUUCAAUUGGUAGUAACAAGAAUCUUGGACGACAAUAUGGUUCGAACAAUUUAAAUGGUGACAUGUUCGGUGAUUACAAUGGAGCAAAUGAAGGUGAUGACUUUUUCUCACAAAUAUUUUCCUUCCUAUUCGGAUCUCCAUCUUCUGGCGGCGGCGGCGGCGGCGGUGGUAAUAGUGGUCAUUAUGGUCCAAGUAAUGGUGGAGUAGAUGAACAAGGCCGAAGUGAGGUUAAUAUUAAUUCAGGUUCAAAUUCGGGGUCAGGAUCAAAUUCUGGUGCAAAUUCUGGUUCAAGUUCUGGUUCAAACUCUGGUAGUUUCGGAAUGACCCAACAAGAGUGGUCUCAAUAUUUACAACUGAUUCAAGCCUUAGCUCAAGACGGUGACAGUGGAGGCGGUGGAGGUGGAGGUCUCGGUGAUGCUGGACAAUUAAUUAACAUGGCAAUGAGUAUAAUGGGUGGAGGUCUCUGAAAACUUCGUCGAAAAUAUCAAUCGAUAGCAAUUACCAAACAAAAUUCAUAACCAUUUUUUUCACCUUUCAAUCCUUGAAUAUUUAUAAAUAAAGAGCAAUUAAUAAAUUGUCA